ACGCCGGAAUCGAGUUGAAUCUAUCCGUCCUCUGCUCUCUGCUCUUCCAGUCACGUUGCAAGUUAUCUAAUAAUUCAUCAAGUUAAAAUUAUAAAAAUGAAGGGACUAUCAAUCUUGGCUCUGAUGAUCGUUGGCAUCGCCUGUGUGGUGGCCCAAGAAGAAUCAAAUGACCAGGGGGUGGUGUUGGACUUUGCAGCGGAUGAAACGGCCAUGGCCGACGAUAGAAAUACCCCUGUCAACUGCCGGAAUUGUCACCCCAAUUGCCCUCCCAGUUGUCCUAGGAAACCUCAUUACAAUCACCACCAUCAUCCUUACCACUGCCCUACCUGCCCACCCAGACCCACUUGCCCCACCUGCCCACCUCCAAUUACCUGCCCCACCUGUCCACCUCCAAUUACCUGCCCACCCCCACGCACUUGCCCUCCUUACCAUUGCCCAACUUGCCCAACUUGCCCAACAAAUCCCACUUGCCCAACUUGUCCUCCCAAGCCUCCUUGCCCCACAGUCUGUCCCCCUAAGCCCUGCCUCAAUCCUCACCCCAUUCUGAUCGGAGUCUGCCUGGAUUUGGAUAUCGGCAUCGGCAAGUAAAUAAGAAGGAAUCCGGCAGUUUCAACAUGAUAACGUUCUUGGCAAAUUAAUAAUAUUAUUGACUUGUAAUUCUUUCUAAAAUAUUUGGUGCGAGUGGUUUCCAUGGGUUCUAAUUCUUGCUGUCGAUUCACACAUUCUGACUCUGUUUGUCGUAUUUAAAUUCUUCUCAUUUGGAACUCUAUAAUUAUUUUGAUGUUGGCUCCAUUGAAAUUAAUAAAAUAAUUGGCAGAUAAA